GAAAGCAACUGAGAGCUGCACCAGUCCAUCAGACUCAUCGACCGCAGUACAGCAUAACGACGUUGGACGCGUUUCGAACGAGUGAUAAUGUCCGCCCCGUGUAUGUGCUCGCACAAUUUCAUCCCUUGAGACGACCCCGCUUCUUCUCGGCCUUUUUCUUCGUCUUCAUUAGAUCUGGUGAUAAUGACGAACUAAACUAAGCUUCUUUAAGCGCCUUUCCUGAAAUCGAGACGGACUCAAACAAACUGAAAAGUUGAAGGCGGGACAAUUGAGCUACCGUAACCUAACGACACUAAGCACGUGGCAGCCCUCGCCCUCGUUUGCAUUAUCAAAUGCCCAAAAACAGCAAAGCCGUCAAGAGAGAGCUUGACGACGAUGUCACAGAGUCGGCCCGGGACCUGCUUUCCAACGAGGACCCCUGCGACGAUUCCUUCAAGAAGAGCUCGUUGAUCAUUGGCGGCCAUGACGCCGACGGCAAGGAGCGCGACGUGGAGGAAGGUGGCUCCGAUGGCGAGGAGGAGGAGGAGGAGCGGCCGGCCUGGAACAGCAAAUUGCAGUACAUCCUGGCCCAGGUGGGCUUCUCCGUAGGCCUCGGCAACGUCUGGAGGUUCCCCUACUUGUGCCAGAAAAAUGGCGGAGGAGCGUACCUGGUGCCCUACUUCAUCCUGCUCGUGUUGAUUGGCAUCCCGCUUUUCUUCCUGGAGCUGGCAGUGGGUCAGCGCAUCCGUCGGGGCAGUAUCGGCGUGUGGAACUACAUCAGCCCUCGACUGGGGGGUAUCGGCUUCGCUAGCUGCGUGGUGUGUUUCUUCGUGGCUCUCUACUACAAUGUCAUCAUCAGCUGGAGCCUCUUCUACUUCUCACAGUCCUUCCAGCAACCGCUGCCGUGGCACCAGUGUCCUCUGGCCAAGAACAGGAACAGCACAUUGGUGCCCGAGUGUGAGAAGAGUUCGGCCACCACCUACUACUGGUACCGCGAGGCCCUGGACAUCUCCGACAAUAUUUCAGAGAGCGGAGGACUUAACUGGAAGAUGACGCUGUGCCUGCUGGCCGCCUGGUCUAUGGUCUGCCUGGCCAUGAUUAAGGGCAUCCAGUCUUCCGGGAAGGUGAUGUACUUCAGUUCGCUGUUCCCUUACGUGGUGCUGAUCUGCUUCCUAGUACGCUCGCUACUGCUGGAAGGCUCCAUGGACGGGAUUCGACAUAUGUUCACGCCCAAGCUGGAGAUCAUGCUGGAAGCCAAGGUGUGGCGCGAGGCGGCCACGCAGGUGUUCUUCGCGCUGGGUUUGGGCUUCGGCGGUGUCAUCGCCUUCUCCAGCUAUAACAAGCGCGACAACAACUGCCACUUUGACGCCGUGCUGGUGUCCUUCAUCAACUUCUUCACGUCGGUGCUGGCCACCCUGGUGGUGUUCGCCGUCCUCGGCUUCAAGGCCAACAUCAUGAACGGCCAAUGUGUGGCUGACAACGGCAGAAAGAUUGCGGCUCUGCUGGGCAACGGUAUCGAGGCCAACCUGAUCCCCAACCACAUCAACCUCAGUCACAAAGUGAGCGUGGAUGACUACCAUCAGAUGAUCGAUAUCAUCAGAGGCGUCAAGGAGGGCAACUUUGACAAACUGGGACUGGACUCCUGCCACAUCGAGGACGAGCUCAACAAGGCGGUGCAGGGCACAGGCCUGGCAUUCAUUGCCUUCACCGAGGCCAUGACGCAUUUCCCGGCCUCUCCAUUCUGGUCCGUCAUGUUCUUCCUCAUGCUGAUCAACUUGGGCCUGGGCAGCAUGUUCGGCACCAUCGAGGGCAUCCUCACGCCGCUCAUCGACACCUUUAAAGUGCGCAAGGAGCUCCUGACCGUGGGCUGCUGCGUGCUGGCCUUCUCCCUCGGCCUGGUGUUCGUGCAGCGUUCGGGCAACUACUUUGUGACCAUGUUCGAUGACUACUCGGCCACGCUGCCGCUGCUCAUCGUGGUCAUCCUGGAGAACUUGGCCAUUGCCUGGUUCUAUGGCAUCGACAAGUUUUUUGCGGACCUGGAAGACAUGCUGGGCUUCAAGCCGUACCGCUUCUACUACUACAUGUGGAAAUUCAUAACGCCCACGCUGCUGCUGGUGCUGCUUGGCUCCAGCUUCGUCCAGCUCAUCAUGACGCCGCCCAGUUACAGUGCCUGGAACCAAGAGCAGGCUCGGGAGAAGCUGGUGGGCUUCCCUCCGUGGGGUGUGGCUUUGUGCAUCUCCCUUGUGGUGGUGGCGGUCUUGCCCGUGCCGGUGGUCUUUAUGCUGCGCUACUUCAACGUGAUCGACGACGGCGCCGGCGGCAUCUCUGCCGUGUCCUACAAGAAGGCCCACAUCAUCAAGGAGAGCGCUGGCGCAGCCGGCGACGACGCCAGCCUCCUUCACGCCAAGACCACACCGAGCGAGGCGCCCUCGCCCAUGCCCGCCAACGGCAUCUACCGCAAGCAGAGCGGCGGCGGGGGUCCCGAGUCAGACGCCACCCCCAAUGGUCGCUACGGCAUCGGCUACCUGAUGGCCGACGUGCCGGACAUGCCCGAGUCAGACUUGUAGAGUGGCCCCCUUCUUCCCGUCUAGUCAUCCGUGCGUGUGUGUACUGCAUACUCCAUGUUCAACAGCCUAGCUGCUUUAUUUCUUAUCAUUUCUUCGUCGUCUCUGAACCUGAACAUGUUCAAACAACAAACCAAGGGGCGGGAAUGUACACUCACCCAUCACAGGUCACUUCAUUAGGUACACCAUAGCCGUGCCAGGAAUAGCAGAAAACUCCUCAAGUUAACUGACGCCACUCCCCCUCCCAAAAAGAGUUAUAAUUGCCUUUAAAUGCUACAAGGUGGCUCCAAAUGGUCAACUUUUCUAUUAGACGGGGCUUUGCCUGCCUGUUCGAUGCUAUACAUUGACGCCAAAGCACAAUUUGUCCAUUGGACAGGGCUUUGUAAUCUCACAAUAGCACUCACUUGAACAUAGCUUUUUGACACUAAGAUGACACCAAUGCACUCCUUUUCUAUUACUUUUCUAAUAGAAUGUCUUCCCCUUACUUCAACAUAGUUCCAUGGAGCCAAGAUGCCAAUGAGAUGUCACUAAAGUUCUACUUUGCCUCAAGAUGCCCUAAGUCGGCACAGAGGCACUAUUUUUCUAUUGGACAGGGUUGACAGGUCGAAUGGAAAAGCACCUCAAUCAUUCUACAUUCGUUCCUUAGCUCUAAAACGCCAAAAGGUGGCGACAAAAUGCAAUUUCUUAUUGGACAGGGAUUUCGCGUUUCAGAAAAUGCACAGCCAUGAAUGAAGGAUAGCUGCCUCCCCCACCCCCCGCAAAAAAAGUCGACAAAAAGGUGAAUUUGCUAAAGUAGAAUUUGCAAGGAAUUUGUGCAAAUCAGACUCAGCGAACUAAUAGACUGAUCUUAGUUUGCCCAUGUAGCCGUUGACCAAAUGCAAGACUUAAAUGCAGUAUGGGCAGCAUCCUCGAGUGUAAUGUUUUUCCAACAAUUUUUCUCGGAUUUUAGAUUUGCAUCAAAUGCUUCACGGCCAUGUGAUGGCCUUUGGACCGUAAGUUACCAAUCAAACGAAUGAAAUUGCGACAAUCACCGUCAUAUUGACGGCUUUGAUGAGCGUUUUUCAGAUGUUAUUUAAUCGAUACAAAUUUACAAAAAAACAUGAUUUUGAUUGAAAACGUUGAAAAUUUGGAUGAGUUUCCCAACUUUUCUCGUUCAAAUUGUCAUCCUGACGAACCGCGCUUCAUAUUAAAUUCAUAUUCCAUUAUUUUUCACCAUUUUGAUCAAAUGAAAAGAUAUAAUAUUGCUUCAAAAAUUUUAAUAUUCACCAUAUAAUAUCGGUGAGACGGGGUGAAUUUAAUGCUCUCGCAGGCCGAAUACAGCCCACGGGACAAGAGUCGCCAAGCCCAAAUCUUGAUUAAAA